AUGCCGGCCCCACUGGAUCUCAGCAAGUCCAAGCUGUCGAUAUCCGACCCGCGGAUGAACCUGCGACGGUCUGCUUCACACCACAACUCUAGUUACGAGAAGGUCCCCUUGUCUGCCACUUCCGCCCGAUUCAGCUUCAACCACCUUCUCUUCUCUUCACCGCCGCCAUCGCCGAGCUUGCCGGCUCUUAUCCCGCCCCCUCGGAAGUCGCCCAUUCACCCGAGACCUAGCCGCGUAUUCCGGUUCACUUUCUGGAUUGCAUUUGCGGCCUUGUUGUUCUACUUCGCAACAUUCCCUUUCCGAAGCAGCCUCGGCGUGCCAAGGCUGAACCUGCCUCACCUUACCACGCAUGAAGACUUUGAGAUGGUGGGCCAGGAUGACCUGCCCGACUUUCCGACCCCCAUUGUCAUUACCGACCACAGCGGAAAAUCAAAAUGGACGGUGUCGAUCCCCCCGAGCUAUGAUUUUCCGUUGUCGGUGAAGGAGUAUGGAGACAUGUGCAGCAAGUGCCGAGAGGUUGCUGCUCGUGUGAGGGACAUGCGCCACCGGGCCCAGAUUCCCGAUCAGAACCUCCUGGGCCACGAGGCUCCGGCAGACCCGUACUUUGUGGAUGUGGGAGAAGCUCAGAAGUCGGGUCUUUUACCAGACGUUGCGAAUAGCAAAUGGCCGAGCAAGGGCCAGGGUCGAGACGGAGCCUUGGUCGGGGAGAACAAGGACUCGUUAGUUGAAAAGCCAGUUUGCCAGAGUUCGAUGACAUUCGUUUUGGAGACGGCGGACGCUGGAAUCGGACAUAGCAUCAUGCACCUGUGGACCUUUUACGGACUUGCACAGAGGCAAAGCAGAGCCUUCUUCAUCGACGACUCCCGCUGGGCGUACGGCAAGUACACAGAUAUCUUCCAGGCGCCACCCAUUCCGAAUUGCCGCCCUCCGCCCCGCCACGAGAUGAUCCCUUGCCCUCCCAGAGCUCGUCAUCUUGUAGUCACCUCAGAGACGGCCAAGGACCUUUGGGCUGGUUCUCUGAGCAAACCCUACGCCGACUUCAGAGCCCAGGAUGAGGGGGGAGUGCGAGAGCUUUUUGACUUGGCACACGAGGGCUAUCGAGCUCUGUUCGACCUGAACAAGGACGACACUCAGUACGUUCUCAACAGAGUCAAGGAAAUCAAGACAAAAGCCCUCACUGGAGACGCCAACCCGAACGACGGCCUUAUCGUCGGCGUUCACGUUCGACAUGGCGAUUGCCACCCCCUCGAAUACCAGUACCGCGGGACCUACAUCCCCAUGGAGAUCAUCGCCAACCGCGCCCAUGAAAUCAUCGAUGUCAACUACAACGAGUCCGGCAGGGAUGGCGCCGACGACGAGCUCGCCAAAAAGAAGUCGUUUCUUGUACUGGCGUCCGACGACCCGACCGUUUACGAAUCUGAUGACUUCAGAGGCUCUAUGCGUGCACAGGAGCAGAUUCGUCUCGCUUCGAAGCAGGAAACCCAUAAGGCCACCCUGGACAGACACGUCAUGCAUCGAUUCGAAGAUGAGUCCUUUGGCUGGGAGGGCGGCUUCUUCGCUGCCAUGUUCUGGAACCUUGGUCUUUCGUCCAUGAGCGCAUCCAACGCUGCGACGGCCAAGAACAAGCAGCUGGCUCCCUCGGCCGAGACUCUUCGUCUUCGGGGCUACAUCGGCCGUGCGUACAUGAUGGACCUCGCCGUGCUUGCCAGCGCAAGCGAUGCGAUCGUAUGUACCGUCAGUGCCAUGGGUUGUCGUCUGCUCGCAGUCAUGAUGGGAUGGGACUCCGCCAUGGAAUCGGGAAACUGGGUCAACGUCGACGGUCCUUAUGGAUGGACCGGUCUGUCUUUCUGA